CGGGCUCGAAGUGAGUUGCUGCGUUUACUCGCUUCUUAUAUAUUCUUCUUUUUGUGGUAGUCGUCGGCAGGCCAGUCUUUGUCUACGACUCACCCUCGCCGCCUGAUCCUCCUGUUGAUUCAGAGGCCCCUUUUACGACUUGUUGAGCUGCUCUGUCAAUUUAUAAACUAUUACCAACAUGUCUGCUACCACUGCUACCGGCGCUGUUGAUCAGCUCGCCGCCGAGCUUGGCAACACUUCUCUUAAUGGCGGCGAUACGCGCCCCGCUACCAUUGACACCAACGUCGCUCCUAACGCGAACGCCGACGAGCCUGACACCGCUGGCCCGACUCCCAGCUCGGCUCAGACUCCUCACCCCGCCGCUUCUGCCUCUCUCUACGUUGGCGAGCUUGAUCCCACGGUUACCGAGGCCAUGCUGUUCGAACUCUUCUCCCAGAUAGGCUCUGUGGCUUCGAUCCGCGUUUGUCGUGACGCCGUUACCCGCCGCUCACUUGGAUAUGCUUACGUCAACUACAAUACCACCACCGAUGGUGAGCGUGCUCUUGACGAGCUCAACUACACUCAGAUUAAAGGCCGCCCUUGCCGCAUUAUGUGGUCUCAACGUGACCCCAAUUUGCGCAAAAGCGGCCAGGGCAACAUUUUCAUCAAGAACCUGGAUGCCGCUAUUGAUAACAAGGCUCUUCACGAUACCUUUGCUGCUUUCGGUAACAUCUUAAGCUGCAAGGUCGCUCAGGAUGAGAACGGCAACUCCAAGGGCUACGGAUUUGUUCACUACGAGACUGAUGAGUCUGCCGCUGCUGCUAUCAAACAUGUUAAUGGAAUGUUGCUUAACGAGAAGAAGGUCUAUGUGGGACACCACAUCCCUAAAAAGGACCGACAGAGCAAGUUUGAGGAAAUGAAGGCCAAUUUUACCAACGUUUACGUUAAGAACAUCAGCACUGAUGCCAGUGAUGAUGAGUUCCGUGAACUAUUCGAGAGAUACGGUGACGUUACCUCGUCUUCUCUUGCUCGUGACAAUGAAGGCAAGUCUCGUGGUUUUGGCUUUGUUAACUUCACUACACAUGAGAGCGCUGCCAAGGCGGUCGAGGAGCUGAACGGCAAGGACUUCCAAGGUCAAGACCUCUACGUCGGCCGUGCUCAAAAGAAGCACGAGCGUGAGGAGGAGUUGCGCAAGUCAUACGAGGCCGCACGCCAGGAAAAGGCCAACAAAUACCAGGGUGUGAACCUGUACAUCAAGAAUCUAGAUGACGAGGUUGAUGACGACAAGCUACGCCAGAUGUUCUCUGAGUAUGGUCCUAUCACUUCAGCCAAGGUUAUGCGCGAUACGCUUUCUGAAAACGAAGAUGAAAUCCCGACCAAGGACAAGGAGAACCAAAAGGAGUCGGGCGAUGAGAGCAAAGAAGAGGGCGAGAAGAAAGAGAAGAAAUCGGAGAAGAAAUUAGGAAAAAGCAAGGGCUUUGGUUUCGUAUGCUUUUCCAACCCAGACGAUGCUACCAAGGCUGUUGCCGAGAUGAACCAGCGUAUGUUCAACAACAAGCCUCUUUACGUCGCUUUGGCUCAGCGCAAGGAUGUUCGGAAAAGCCAGCUUGAAGCUAGUAUCCAGGCUCGCAACCAGCUCCGAAUGCAACAGGCCGCAGCGGCAGCCGGCAUGCCUCAGCCCUUCAUGCAACCCCCAGUCUUCUACCCACCUGGCCAGCAGCCUGGCUUCCCUCCUCAAGGUGGCCGCGGAAUGCCAUUCCCUGGAGGCAUGGGCAUGCCAGGUGUUCAAGGCGGACGACCUGGUCAAUUCAACCCCAACUACGGAUCUCCCCAAGGUGGUCGUAAUGGAGCCAUGCCGCAGCAAAUGCCUCCCAACAUGUAUAUCCCUGGCCAGUUCCCUCCUGGUGCCCCAUAUGGUCAGCCUGGUAACCCACAAUUCAUGGCUGCCAUGGCACAGGCACAACAGGCAGCUCUAGGUGGUGGCCGAGGUGUCCCAGGUUCUCGAGGGCCUAUGCAAAACAUGCCUGGAAAUAUGGGCAUGCAGGGCCCUGGUGCUAUGCCUGGAUACCCACCCAACCCACGGCAAGGUGGUCCGGCUGGUCGUGGUGGAGGCAACAACCGCAAUGGUCAGCAGGGUGGCCAGUUUCCUCAAGGCGGGCGCGGUGCGCCUGGCCAGGUAGCUGCUAAUGCGCCUGCCCCCUCUAAUCAGGAGUUAACUCAGGGCUCGAUUCUCCAAACACAACUCCAGCAACACGCUAGCAACCCGGCUCAGCAGAAGCAAAUUGUAGGCGAGGCCAUUUUCCCGAAAAUUGCUUCAAUCCAACCCGAACUCGCUGGCAAGAUCACCGGUAUGCUUCUAGAGAUGGAUAACGCCGAGCUUGUUCAACUUGUGGACGAUGAUGCACAACUCCGUGCCAAGGUUGACGAGGCUAUGGCGGUCUAUGAUGACUAUAUUAAGACAAACAAGGGCUCUGGAGCCGAGGGCGCUAAUGGUGAAGAGAAGGCUGAGGAGAAGGCUUAGGUCGAGAGCCAUUUGGUUUCUUUGGCCAUCGAUAUGAUGCUUCAUUUUUUUCAAGCAUAAUUGAUUUCUGCCAACAGGUUUCGGAAAAGUUCAUGAUGGCACCGACUCCAAUGGGCGGUUUGCAACAUCGAUCUCGUGCAUUUUUUCUCUCUUAUUUCUUUUUUUCAGUGGCGGAUGUUUAGUCAUCAUUGAGCCCCUAUGCAAUGUUGGCCAGGAUCUUGCCAGCGCACUUGAGGGAACCUCGCGUAUGACUUUUCAUGUAUUGAUAAGCCCUAUGUUCUCACUGCUGGAGGGAGUAUUGGCUGGAUGUUCG